AUGGUGAUCUUCUCUGCUAUUUUCUUGGCCUUGACGCUACUGUUGUCUUUUGUUCAUGCAGCCGACCCUGUAGUCGACCUCCAAUACAGCAAAUACAGAGGAAAGGAGCUCGGAAAUGGUGUCACACAAUGGCUAGGCAUGCGAUACGCAUCACCGCCUCUCAAGGACCUUAGGUUCAAGCCCCCAAAAGAUCCUCUUUCGACUCGUACUGUCCAGGAUGCAGGCGAUUUCGGUCUAAAAUGUAUCGGGACAAAGACCAAAGCAGAAAAUAUCGGCAAGACAGACUCUGAGGACUGCCUCUUCAUCAAUGUCUUUGCCCCAUCGAAUGCCUCCAGCAAGGAUAAACUCCCAGUCUUCUUCUUCAUCCAAGGCGGGGGCUUCAACUCCAACUCGAACCCCAUCGUCAACAGCACUGGACUCAUCAAGGCUGGAGAUAUGGACAUGGUGGUUGUGACUCUCAACUAUCGCGUCGGCGUAUAUGGGUUUCUCAACGAUGGCGACCAAGUGACACCCAACAUCGGCCUCUUAGACCAACGUAAGGGUCUCGAAUGGGUUCAACGACACAUCUCCAAGUUUGGCGGUGACCCUGACCACGUUGUUUUAGGCGGCGACUCAGCUGGUGCUGCGAGUAUUAGCCUUCAUCUCAGUGCCUUUGGAGGAAAGGACGAAGGGCUUUUUCAUGCGGUCGCAGCAGAGUCGGUCUCCUUUGCCACGAUGCUGACAGUCAAGGAAUCCUUUUACCAAUACGAGAAUCUCACCAAGAAGCUCAACUGUACCGGCAAAGACAAGUUGGCAUGUCUUCGGUCAAAGACAGUCAAAGAGAUACAAAAAGUCAACUCCAACAUCCCCUAUCCUGGAGGCUCUCAGGCGCCUCUCUUCAUGUGGACACCCACCAUCGAUGGAGAUUUAAUCCCCGACCUUACAUACAAGCUCUUCGAGGAUGGCAAGUUCAUCAAGGUCCCCGCUAUUGUGGGCGAUGAUACAAAUGGCGGUACCAUUUUCGCUCCCAAGGCAGCUUCAACGCGAGCGCAGGGCGAAGAAUUCCUCAAGGCGCAGUUCCCUUACUUGACGGCAGAUCAACUGAGCAAGAUUGGUGAUUUGUAUCCGAACCAGAACAAAACUUGUCCCAAUGCCGGUUGUUACUGGAGACAGAUCAGCGAUGUAUACGGGCAGAUGAGAUACAUGUGCCCAGGCAUAUACAUCUCGAAUGCCUUGACUCGCUACGACAUGCCGAAAUCGUGGAACUACCUAUACAACGUCGAGGAUCCAGAUGCAAUGGAACAAGGCCUCGGAGUCCCUCACACAGUCGAAGUACACGCCAUAUUCGGUCCCAGGCUUGGAGGGGCCAACCCGCCAGCCAGUUACCUCAAGGGCAAGAAGAAUGCACCAGUGAUACCGGUGAUUCAGGGCUACUGGUCAAGCUUCAUUCGUUCAUAUGACCCAAACAAGUAUCGCCAUGAGGGUUCAGCCAAGUGGGAGGCCUGGACAGACAAGAGGAAGCAGCGCAUCGUGUUUGAGACGGGUGGGGGGACGAGGAUGGAGAAGUUGAGUCGAGAUAUGCAGAAAAAGUGUGCGUAUCUCUCAUCCAUCGGUCCUGACAUUAGACAAUGA